AUAGAAGAUGGAACUUACUUGGAGGAACCUGGGUCUGGUGCAGUAGCAACUAUUGAGAACAAAACGGUAUCUGUUGGUACGUUGGACUGGUUCGAAGUCAAAUCUGGAUUGAGUGCCAAAAUAUUGAGGCUUGGCGCUCGAGUGAGCUCAACUGUGGAAUUGAAAGCAGAAUCGACAAGCGUGCGACUAGUGUUCAAGCCAUCCUGUGAAUCAGACUUGGAAGGCUAUUCACGAAUGGUCAAGGCAGCUAAACAGACAGAGUCUUCCAAAG